AUGAAAAAAGAUGAGAAAUUUGCAUCUCUGGUACCAUCAGUGCAAGCAGCAAUAUGUUUGCUGUACUCAGCAAAUACUUCUGCUUCUGCCGAUAUGGUCUUGUAUGCGGAAGAUGCUAUUAUGAAUACUCUACGAUGUGAUCCGCAAAUUCUUUAUCCAUACAUGAAUACGGUGCAUAUUCUCAUAAACAAUAUUAAACGAUGCUAUGAAAAAAGAGAUUUAUCACCAAGCAAGUUGAUAGCACCACCAACUUCUGAAUCGCCUCGUACGCCAUCUGUAACACCUCCUAAUGCAGAAGUAAUACCUACUGUGAAUACACCACAUCCUAUUGUGCAUUCGCAGCAUCCUUGUAUAGAAUCUAAUCAGGUUAUUGAUGAUGAUUCUGGUUUCAUCAGCGGUUUCUCAAGUCCUGCAAUCUUUUUGGGUACUACCAAUAUUACCACUACUGCUUCUUCUAGCAAGUCUGGUGAUCAAAAUGUGGAUGGCAGUGCUAAAAAACCAUCCGUUUGUUCUCGUCGACGUUCAAAGCGUUCAGCUAGCCUUGCUCGCCUUAGACGAUCAUACGAAUUUUUAGAUAAUGGAGUAAUAGCAUAUUAUCAUCCUAAUGAAGAAGAUUUUCUUAGUUCUUGUUGA